GUGAAUGAGAGACUCGUUAUGUUUCUUCAGCGUCUUGUAGACCCGGUCCUUUCUCUCCUGAUCCCAGCCCGGCAGCAGGUCGUACAACUCGCGCAUCUGCUCCUGCUUGGUGCCCUUGCUGCGGAUGGCAUCGUACUGCUCCUGGCUCAGGAUGUCUGUGCGGAGAUCGUCCAGGACGCUAUUCACCUCCCGGGUCCUCUGGAUCAGGACGGAGCGAAACCGCUCAAUAAAAUGCUGCCCUGGGGAGACAGGAGGACAGCCGUCAUGCUCCACCCCUUUCCCAACCAUUUCUGACAGUAGCAGAAGCAAUCAGCUUCCACGAAGAGCUGCUAAUAACAUGGCAAACCCGGCAGAGCGACAUUUUAUUAACAGCUUCCGAAAGGACCUUAUCAAUAUGACCAGGGAGGUGAACCAAGUCAUUGAUGAGCUCUUUGACAACGGGGUCCUGAGCCAGGAGCAGUACGAUACCAUCCGCAGCAAGAGCACCAAGCAGGAGCAGAUGCGCGAGUUGUACGACUAUGUGGCAGGCUGGGAUGAGGAGAGCAAGGACCAGCUCUACGAGGCACUGAGGAAAUAUAAUGAGCCUCUCAUUCGGAAGCUGCGGGGAAGUUAAGAGAGGGGCUUGUUACACCUUACUCUGAAACCUGCACAAAUGUCAAGCGGUUUAGUGCUUGCAUGGAGUUUGGAGCACAGGCUCCCAGUGGGACCGGGCACAGUGAGGGUGGGGAAGGAAGGUGUAACUGGGAAAGAAAGAGUUCAUGGGAGGUGGAAGAGAAAUGGGGUGGGGGGGAGGAAGGGUGAAGGGAUCAGGCUGCCCCUGUGAGGGGUGAAGUUAAAGAUGGAGGAAAGACUUAACCAAGCAAUAAAGGGGAAGCAA